AUGAGGACCUUGGGUGUAGACUUUAAAGAGGCCGUCAUUCUCAGGGCCCUGCAAAAUUCAGUUGUCUGCCAUAUCAUUAUUUUUUUCUGUCUGGCAUAUCUAAAUUCACUAAUUACUUUAGAAGAAAUUUUGGAUGAAACGCAACAUUUAGAUAUUGGACUCAAGCAGAAGCAAUGGCUAAUGAGUGAGGCACUAGUCAAUAAUCCCAAAAUUGAAGUAGUAGAUGGGAAGUAUGCCUUUAAGCCCAAGUACAACUUGAAAGAUAAGAAGGCUCUGCUUAGGCUCUUAGAUCAACAUGACCAGCGAGGCUUAGGAGGGAUUCUUCUAGAAGACAUCGAGGAAGGAUUGCCCAAUUCCCAGAAAGCUGUCAAGGCUUUAGGGGACCAGAUACUAUUUGUAAACCGUCCUGAUAAGAAGAAAAUUCUUUUCUUCAAUGAUAAGAGCUGUCAGUUUUCUGUGGAUGAAGAGUUUCAGAAACUGUGGAGGAGUGUCACCGUGGAUUCAAUGGACGAGGAGAAAAUUGAAGAGUAUCUGAAGCGACAGGGUAUUUCUUCCAUGCAGGACUCCGGACCAAAGAAAGUGGCCCCAAUUCAAAGAAGGAAAAAGCCUGCCUCACAGAAAAAGCGACGGUUUAAGACUCACAAUGAGCACUUGGCUGGGGUGCUGAAGGACUACUCUGAUAUUGCUCCUGGCAAGUAGUAAACAGUUUGGUCCGAGAGCAAAGAGUUUCAAAGUACAAGAUCUUCCGUGUUGACGCUGGCAUCUGCAGACUGAUCAUCUUCCUGUUCUCCUACCUAGGACCGAGGAGAGGAGCAGUUCAGUUUACAGAACUAGGGCAAAUUACCAAACUCGAAGCUUGUUUUCCUUAAUGGGCUACUGAGAAAUGUGAUGUCCCCUGUGAACCUCCUGUCACUUCUUGGGGGAACGGCGCUCAGCAUGGCGUGCAGGCAUCUUUGCUAUUUAUCGCUACUUCUCAGUGGCUCCUGGUUCCAUUUUCCCCUCUUUUAUUA